GAAUAAUAAAAAGACGAAAAAGAAGAAACCUUGAGGAAGAGAGUACUCAGCUCGCCACUACUGCUUCGCCUUCAUUCUCAAAUUCGUUGCUAAGAAAAAUACAAAUACUCUACUCAGUACUCACCCGUGAUGAUGAUAUAAUAGUGUUAAACUUAAUCAAAAACAGGUUGGACCAUAAACCAACAGUUGGUUGAUUAUCACCCUGGCUUGCAUAGUUACUCCCAACCUUUUGUUGUGAAUUGGUCAAUUAUAUGCACCAACCAUGGAUAAUAUAAAGAAAGAUGAAGCCCAAGAUCAGAAGCGUGAUGAACUUGCUGAAUCACUAAAUGACCUCUUCAGUAGUGUCGCCACCAUGAUCAAAUCGGAGCUUCAGGGUACUAAUAAUCAUCUAGAGCUAUUGGAGAAAAUGAAUCUGAGGGUAGCAGAAGAGUAUAACGGGUUUGGCGAUUUGGCUUCAGGGUUAAGGGUAUUUGUGGAGCAAUUGAAGUGCAAGAGUGGUAGCUUUAACGAAUAUGUUGAGCAGAUUGAUGCCAUUGAGAAGCAAGUGACUGAAUUUGAAGCUGUGGUCUCUAUGCUUGAUAAAUAUGUGACUUUGUUGGAAUCUAGAGUCCAAUCUCAGUACCAAACCAAAAUCCAUCUUCCUGAUUAACAAAACAAUGUACAAAUUGAGGAAAUGGGUAGGAAAGAUGAGAAUAGUCCUCUUCACACUGCUAAUUUACUUAUUUUUCUCUCAAUUUGUAUCAUUUGGGUACUCAAAUAAUGGUCCGUGACCACGAUCUGGUCACAACAAAAUGGUUUUUUGAUUUGCUGAAACUGCAACACGAAUGUAAUUGAGGCCGCAUCGGGCCGUAAUUGAGGUUGUAUCAAUUGCAAUUGACCACAAUUCUGUGCAAUAUCAACAAGAAUGAUGACGUGACCGCAUAUGUUACCGUGAUUGCUAUUUAAAACUUUACUUUCUACACUCCCUGCAGCAUCUUUAUCUCUCCCUUCCUCAUCUCAUGUUUACUCCAUUUUCAAUCUACCCUUGUGCUUAUCUUUGUUUGGGUUAGUAGAGUUAUCUUGUUGAUUCCAACCCAUCAUCACAUCACCCCUAUGUAAAACUCUGUUUUCUGUAUUUGAAGAACAACUAUUUUAAGGUGUUUUAACUAUCGAUAAAGAUGUAAUUGUGAUAUAGCAUUAUAAGUA